AUGGGACGGAAAGGCCCAUCACCUGGGGCACUUUGCGGGACAGUUUUCGGUUUGCUGGCCCUGCUGGUAGCCUUGGCAAUCUCCGCGCUUCUGGUGGUCGACCUCGCGCUCGACAGAACGGACUCUUCACGGCGCUUGCAGACAGAGGACGAUGAUGGGGUGAGGUGGUACCACUUCACGAAUGGCGGAACCCUUUGGGUCGUGAUCCUGCUAGGCCACUGCCUUGGACUCCCUCUGGCGGCACUGUACUGGCGCUGCUUCAUUCUGCCAACACACGAGAAGUUCCUUCCCCGAGAUGUCAGCAUUCCCCAAGAAUUGACGGGGAAGUGGAAGUAUGGUCACUGGGAAUUCUUCGGCGCCUGCGGAACCUGCGUGUGCUUCCUGCUAUGCCCUUGCUGUACAAUGAGUGAGUACUGGUACCGAUCUGGACACCUACACGCCAGUUCACGAAACAGCCCAGAACAUGUUGCAGGAUGCCCUGGAUGGCAAUUUUUCAUGGGCUGCUGCGGCUUCUGCCUGCUGCAGGAAGCCAUGAGCUGCUGCUAUGUCGUCGGCCUUGCGGCGGGCACUGGAGGCUUGGGCUUCUGCAGCGAGGACACCGAAGGAGCCGGGAUGGGCAGCAUCAUCCCCUUUCGACAGCGCUAUGGUAUCUCCCACGAUGGCUGGCAGACCUUCAUGCGCGACUGCUGCUGCUGGCUUUGGUGCCUGCCGUGCCAAGGCACGAGGGAGUACCGCCAAGUAAUGGACACACUGGCACACUGGCCGCUCCAGACCUCCGGCCCGGCACCAGUGGCAAUGGUUGUGGGCCAGCCUGUGGCGGUUGGCCAGCCUGUGCAGGGCCAGCCAGCACCUUACACCAGCGUGCCGAAAGCUUUCUGA